AUGGUCGAUAAACUGUUGAAAGAUUAUGCGACACCAUUUGCACGAGGGGUCCAAUCCAGUAUCACCCGACCACCCAUAGAUGCUGACAACCUUGAGAUCAAGCCCGCAGUAAUCCACAUGGUCCAGCAAAAUCAAUUCAGAGGGGGGCCACACGAAGACCCGAAUCAUCAUCUAGAGCUGUUUUAUGAAAUUUGUGGCACGAUGAAGGUGAAUGAGGUUCCGCCAGAAUCGAAAUUCUUAGACAAGUUCUACCUCCCAAACAAGACUGCCCACAUGAGGAACCUGAUUGCCAGUUUCAAGCAGAUAGAUUUAGAAUCCCUAUUUGAAGCCUGGAACUGGUUUAACAUCAUGCAGAGACAGUGCCCCCAUUAUGGCCUUGAGAAGUGGCUGGUUCUACACACCUUCUAUAAUGGAAUAAAUUAUCACACGAAGGUAUCAUUGGACUCUACAGCAGGAGGAGCACUGAUGAACAAAAGUCUUGAUGAAGUUGAAGAGAUAAUAGAAAAUGUGGCACUAAACCACCAUCAGUGGGCAUCUAAAAGAUCUAGCGGUGCUUUCUCAGGAAAUCAGAUGAAGGCAUCAGGAAAAUUCAAGGUGGAUGCAUUCACACUUAUGUCUGCGAAGCGGGACGCCCUGACUAAGAAAUUUGAAGCCAUGGGUAGCAACACAACUAAUGCAAUAGUCUGUGCUUGCGACAUUUGCAGAAGCUACAAUCAGAGGCAAAACAAUCUGUACUCCAACACAUACAACCCUGGAUGGAGGAACCACCCCAACUUUUCAUACCGAAAUAAUCAAGACCAGGGGGCGGCGCAUCAGGUCUACCAACAUGGACAACAGGCUCAUCAACAACAACAACCUACACAGUUGUCUAGGAUUGAAAAGAUGCUUGAGGAAGCUCUCUCGGAGCAUAAGGAGAUGAGGAGCGAGAUCAAGCAACUGACUCAGAGGCUGGAGAACUCAGAAAAACACCAGAAGAUGCAAGAUAUCCAGAUAGCCCAGAUAGCUCAGUCCGUCUCAAGAGCAUAG